ACAAAGUUGCUGUACUUCCGGCGCGAAUGUCACCGCGGUGCUAAUGCGACGGCUGGCGAAAUUGAGGUGGAAGAAAGGGAUUAACCAGAGCUAGUGGCGAUACUGAUUCAGGAAGGUGACAUUUGUGCUUUUAUUUACGAAAAAAAAAAUACACGGAGAUCUCAGUGAUCGACUAAAAGGAGCAGUUUCCCUGCCGGCUCGGUUAUUUACACAUCUGUCUAGAUCGGAGAUUUAGGGAUGAACUGAAAAUGAAUGUCAACCAGCAACCUCACAUGGCCUCUCCUUAUGGACAGCCGCAGUCCGGCUACCAGGGCUACCCGCAGUCUGGUUAUGGGGGUCAGCAGAUGCCCGGGGGUUAUGCAGCCCCGUAUGCUCCCUACAACGGGCCUGCCUCUAAUUACCAAACAGGCCCACCUCAAGGAUAUUCUCCUUAUGCAAGCUUUCCCUCUAAGGCUUUUGCAGCAAACUUAGUCUCUGACCUGUCCUCUUCCUCUCCUCUUGACUUAGGUGUGAGAGGACCCCCCACCACCGGUGCACCCCCAGCGUCUGCAGCUCAGCCGUAUUCACAGUUUGGGACGAGUGACAUACAGAAUGGACCACCAUCUAUGGGUGCCCCUCCACAAAGGCCAUCUGUGUCUCAGCCGUACACUCAAGGAGCAGUGAACUUGUCAGGUCCUCAGCCUGCAUACAACCAGCAGUUUGGUGCCCCACCCACCAGUAUGCAGCAGGUGACCAAUCAGAUGGCAGGCAUGCAGGUUGGGUCCACUGUACCCUCUUCAGCUGGGCCAGGCUAUGCUCAACCUGCCAUCUCCCAGGCUCCUGUUUCAGCCCCUCCAUCCUCUUUUGCCCCCACGUCUCCUGUCCCCACUCGGCCCCCGGCCACCUCUGGUGCACCUCAUACAGCAGCUCAGUCCUACUACGGAGCUCCUCCUGCUCAGCAACCAUUCCCAGCUACAGCUCCGCCAUUCUCCUCUGCGCCUGGUCCCACCCAGCUCCCACCUCCACCCUUGGCUUCACAGCAGACUUUCAGUCAGGCCUCUCCUCUAUCACAGCCUCAGUUUUCUUCAGCUCCACCUACGGGCCCUACGGCAUCAUAUGGAGGCCCACCUCCACCAGUGCAGGCUACUCACCCUAGAGCACCCCUUCCCACUUCCCAGCCUUCAGCUUUCUCCGGAGGGCCUCCACCCAGCUCUGCCCCAUCCCAAUACCCAGCAGUCUUGCCCCCUGCAUCACAGCCCUCCGCAUUCCACUCAGGUCCUCCUCCACCCACCACUGCUGCUGGAUUUCCACCCCAAGCAGGUGCACCUCCCAGGCCUCCAUACUCAGGCAUGCAGGGUCCUCCUAUGGCCUCUCAGGGACCUCCAAUGUCCCAAGCGAACCAUGUGACUCCUCCACAGCCUGGGAUGUUGCAUGGACCCAGCACUCCCGGAAUGGCACCACCACAGCCAGGGAUGCAGGGCUAUCCACCUCAGCAGAACGGUGCUUUUGGGCAAGUGAGAGCUCCUCAACCUGGCUAUGGUGGACCAUAUUCUGGGCAGCAAGGUUAUCCAGCUCCGCCCCCUGCACAAGCCCCUCCUCCUGCAACGAAGAGACUUGACCCAGACUCCAUCCCCAGCCCGCAAGCCUCUGACAUACCGCCUGUGCAGAAAACAAGACAUAGAAUAGACCCAGACGCUAUUCCCAGCCCAAUUCAGGUGAUUGAGGAUGACAAGGCAAACAAAGGCAGUGAGCCUUUUGUCACUGGGGUCAGAGGUCAAGCCCCACCCCUCGUCACUACCAACUUCCAUGUUAAAGAUCAAGGGAAUGCAAGUCCACGUUUCAUCCGUUGCACAGCCUAUAACAUGCCAUGUACCUCGGACAUGGCCAAACAAUCCCAGGUGCCGCUGGCUGCAGUGAUCAAACCGCUGGCUGCUCUGCCUCCUGAUGAGAACCCUCCUUAUGUAGUGGAUCAUGGGGAAAGCGGUCCUAUUCGCUGUAAUCGCUGUAAGGCUUACAUGUGUCCCUACAUGCAGUUCAUCGAGGGUGGAAGACGCUUCCAGUGUAGCUUCUGCAGCUGCGUCACGGAAGUGCCUCCCCAUUAUUUCCAGCAUCUGGACCACACAGGGAAGCGUGUAGACUGCUACGACCGACCCGAGCUGUCCCUGGGCAGCUAUGAGUUUGUAGCCACGGUGGAUUAUUGUAAGAACAACAAGAUUCCUCAGCCUCCAGCCUUCAUCUUCUUAAUUGAUGUGUCAUACAAUGCUGUGAAAAGUGGCAUGGUGAGGAUUGUAUGCCAGGAGCUUAAGACCCUGUUGGACUAUUUGCCCAGAGAGAACCCUGAUAUGGAGUCCAAUAUACGAGUAGGUUUUGUAACCUACAACAAAGUGCUGCACUUCUAUAAUGUGAAGGCUUCUCUGGCCCAACCUCAGAUGAUGGUGGUCUCAGAUGUUGCAGACAUGUUUGUACCCUUGUUGGACGGAUUCCUUGUCAAUGUCUCGGAGUCCAGGGUUGUCAUUGAGAGUUUGCUGGAUCAGAUCCCUGAGAUGUUUGCUGACACACGAGAAACAGAGACAGUGUUUGGCCCUGUUAUCCAAGCUGGACUGGAAGCUCUUAAGGCUGCAGACUGCGCUGGAAAGCUGUUUGUCUUCCACACAUCUCUGCCCAUUGCUGAGGCUCCAGGCAAGCUGAAGAACAGGGAAGACAAAAAACUGGUGGGCACAGACAAAGAAAAGACUUUAUUCCAGCCACAAGUGAGCUUCUAUGGCAACCUGGCGAAGGAUUGUGUGGCACAGGGCUGUUGUGUGGAUCUCUUUCUGUUCCCUAAUCAGUAUGUAGACGUGGCAACAUUAGGGGUGGUACCCAUUUCAACAGGAGGUUCCAUCUACAAAUACACCUAUUUCCAGGCCCAGUCUGACCAGGAACGGUUUCUGAACGAUCUGAGGAAAGAUGUGCAGAAGCAGGUGGGCUUUGAUGCAGUGAUGAGGGUCCGCACAAGCACUGGUAUCCGGGCCACAGACUUUUUCGGUUCGUUCUACAUGAGCAACACCACAGAUGUAGAGCUGGCGUGUCUGGACUGUGAUAAAACCAUCACAGUGGAGUUCAAACAUGAUGACAAGCUCAGUGAGGAGACUGGUGCACUAAUCCAGUGUGCUGUGCUGUACACCAGUUGUGCUGGUCAGAGGCGACUGCGGAUCCACAACAUGGCAGUGAACUGCUGUUCACAGCUGGCUGACUUGUACAGGAACUGUGAAACAGACACCAUCAUCAACUUCUUUGCUAAGUAUGCGUACCGCAGUGUACUGAGCAACCCUACCAAGAAUGUGCGAGACAGUCUGAUGAACCAGUGUGCCCAGAUCCUGGCCUGCUAUCGCAAGAAUUGUGCUAGCCCAUCUUCAGCUGGACAGCUGAUCCUCCCUGAGUGCAUGAAGCUGCUUCCCGUGUAUCUCAACUGUGUACUGAAGAGUGAUGUUCUGCACCCUGGAGCAGACGUCUCCUUAGAUGAUCGCGCCUAUCUGAGACAGCUGGUCAGCGCCAUGGAUGUGGCAGAGAGCCAUGUGUUCUUUUACCCACGGCUGCUUCCAGUGCACAAGUUGGACGUGGAGAGUGAUGUGCUGCCUGUGGCAAUCAGGGACUCUGAAGAGAGGCUGUCUAAAGGGGGUAUUUACCUGCUGGAGACUGGCCUGAACCUUUUCCUUUGGGUGGGGGUCAACACCCAGCAGGAGCUUCUCCAAAACAUCUUUGGCACCCCUGCUUUCAGCCAGAUCGAUCCUAACAUGACGUCUUUGCCAAUAUUGGAUAAUCCAUACUCAAAGAGGCUGAGGGAGAUUAUUGAGUCUUUCCGCACACAGCGCUCUCGCUACAUGAAGCUGGUGGUGGUGAAGCAGGAAGACAAACUUGAGCUCAUCUUUAAGCAUUUCCUUGUGGAGGACAAAAACAACAGUGGCGGGGCUUCUUAUGUGGACUUCUUGUGUCACAUGCACAAGGAGAUUCGCACACUUCUUAGCUAGGACAGCUCCCUUUGCCCUUUUUAUUUGACAAACCAGUUCUGUCCUCCUGUCAUUUCCCUUCCUCUAAUGUAAUGUUCUAUAAAGUGCAGGAGGAAGAUCAGUUUCUCUCUGUGCUCUGUCGCAUUCUGGUGUCUGUCCUUGAUUUGGUUUUGGGGGGGAAGUUGCGAGGUGUGUGUGUGUGUGUGUGUGUGUGUGUGUGUGUGUGUGUGUGUGUGUGUGUGUGUGUGUGUGUGUGUGUGUGUGUGUGUGUGAGAGAGAGAGAGAGAGUGUGAGUGAAUUAGAGAGAAUGUUGGUGUGCAUGAAUCGACAUAUGUAACGGAUGCUAUUGAUAUUUCCCACCACUUCCUGAUAUAGUAACAGAUUAUCCAGCACAGCUGCUGUAAGGAUCACUUUAUUCCGAACAAAAACUUAAGUGCAGAAUUAACAAUGUGUUAAUCAAAAUGCAGGAUAAUAGGCUUUAAAAGUGUGUGCAUGUGUGUGGACUGAGAGUGCGGGAACACUGGCACUGUAUGUGGUAGUAGACAGCAUUAACGAUUGAACCCGAUUUUCUGAAAAAGAUCCCGACGAAUAGAAAUGAAAAUUUCCAAAUAACUUAUUGUUUCCUCCAUUUAAUUUUUGUUGUCGUGGAUGUUUUGUUCAUUCAGUCCUUGUGUUUCAUUUUCCACCAUGGCCUUACUGACCCAUCUCUCCAUUUCUCACCCAUUUCUCUGCUGGUCUUUGUGUUGUUUUUUUGUUUUUUUUUCCGUUAUCAUUUAUUGUAAUCGUUAUUGGUUUUUAGAGUGUGCAGAAACCCUUUGACUGAUGGAUUAUUUGGGAAGCAGAGUGUUUAAGUGUGCUGUUCGCUGUCCAUACAUCUAACUCUUCAGAUAUAACACUCACUCUAAAAUUCUAUGCAUCAGAUUAGCUAUGGAUGGAGGAACAUGGAACCAACAAGCCUAAUGUCUAAGUUAAGAGGGAACAGAAUGCGUGCUGAAUUAACAGGGCACGCCUGAAGCUGUGUUACAAUGUGAGCAUUGAGAACAGAUGAAGAAUUCUCCUAUUGUGGAGAGGGUAUGGGGCCUAUCAGAAAGCUCUCUGACUGGGCUGGAUGAUGUAGUUCAGAUUAGCCAGCUGGACGGGAGUUUAUGCAGUCGAGCUUUUCUUAAUGAGGAUGGAGACUGUAGUCCAGAUGGCAGCCAUCUUCAAAGAAAGCUUCAGGACCUGGGCUUAUAUUACAGGAACAGCUACACAUACUGUUUCUGAUGUCUCCAGAUUUUCUGUUGUUACUCUUUUUUCCUUUUACUUUCACUGUAUGAUCAAGUGCUAACCUGUACCAUGAAUCAUUAUGUACCAUUUUACAAUCCAAUAUUCAUUUCUAAAUGUUUUGAAGGUUAGAAUCCUGGAGCAGGCAGAGUCAGGCGCAGACAUCGGCACUGGCUUCUUGUCCGCCCUGGUCUUGUCUUUCUAGUGAAAUAACCUUUGUACAGUGAAAGCAUAUGGCAAGAGUAGCUGGAGAGAUUUAGAACUGCCGAUUUCUAACCGUUUUCAAGCAUGUGUAGGAUUGUGACCUGAAAAGCAAUCAACACUGAAUACCUUGUCAUCACAUGUAUUUACAUGUACAGAAUUAAAAAUCACAUUUUAAACAUGA